CUCUUCCCCCCCCCCCCCCCCCCCCCAAACAUUCCUACACUGUUACUUUGACGUCGAGGAUUUUGAGAGCUCACCCGCCGCCCACCGACGAGGACUGCCCGGUAGUUGUGAAGCCGAGAGGAGCAACUUUUGAUCAACUACCGUCUCGCUCCUCCUGACCGAGCUAACUCGUUAGCCGCGCGCGUGUGUGUGGAAUGCCGUGGAAACUUCUUCGAAAGGUCGCCAACUGAGAGAGGAGCAACCCCCCGCACGCGCCUACCACUAGAGUUAUGGCCGGACGGCGGCUGGGUGACAUUAAACGUCGACUUUGAGAGCGAAACCCGUCGCUGUGCGCCCGCAUCCUUAUUCCCGGGGCAGGUGCACCUCCUCCCCGCGGCACCUGUGACGAAGCCUCAGCGGAGUCGAGGGUAUUAGCUUUAGCUUUAGCUUCGAGCACAAGUGGGACACACUGUUAACGUUUCCCCCGUCGACGGUUGAACUGUUUAACACUGGGAAUGCACGCUGUUACAUUUUAAAACACCAGACAACUAGACUAGGGCCCAGUUUAUCAACUUUUGGCGAGCGUUAAGCCAGCCACUUGUAGCCGGUUGUCGACGGAGUCGAGCGGAGUGGUGUUGGAUAAAGUUUCAGUCCCUUGUGGGACGCUCCUCGCCGAGGGACUUUGGCCGGUGUCAGCAGCUCAGGCGGGGAAUUCCACUCCGUUACAUCCACUAAAUGCAACAGCAUGAGGAGCUCCAAAAGUCACCUUUACUUUUCUAAUUUAGCUGCUUAAGCCCCGCACCCUAUGGUGCCAUUACGGCCACCGAGAAAUGGAUGUCUCGCAGGCCGCUUUCCCAAACGGUGAAGGGCGGCCGGGCGGAGGCGACGGUGGUGGCGGGAUUAGGGAGCAUGCCUGGACAGAUUGCCACACUCACGCGUGGGCUCACUCGGCCCCGCUGUGCCCGACCCGGUCGCUGUGGACGGCCGCAUACGACUACGAGGCGAGCGGCGAGGACGAGCUCAGCCUGUGCCGCGGCGACGUGGUGGAAGUCCUGUCCAAGGACGCCGCCAUCUCCGGUGACGAGGGCUGGUGGACGGGCAAGAUCAACCACCGCGUCGGCAUCUUCCCCUCCAACUAUGUCACCUACCAGCCGGCCAUUUACCGUCUGCCCGUCGCGAGCGUGGGGGAGCGGGUCCCGGCCUCGCCCGUCCAGAUCCCCUUCACCGAGUUGGUGCUGGAGGAGAUCAUCGGCGUGGGGGGUUUCGGCAAGGUGUACCGCGGCACAUGGAAGGGCCAGGAGGUGGCUGUGAAGGCGGCCCGGCAGGACCCGGACGAGGACAUUACCGCCACUGCGGCCAGCGUCAAGCAGGAGGCCAAGCUGUUCUCAAUGCUGCAGCACCCCAACAUCAUCAAGCUGGAGGGGGUGUGCUUGGACGAGCCCAACCUGUGCCUGGUCAUGGAGUACGCCCGAGGGGGCACGCUCAACCGGGCGCUGACCGGCAGGCGAAUCCCGCCGCACAUCCUGGUGAACUGGGCCGUGCAGAUUGCGCGAGGGAUGAACUAUCUGCACGAGGAGGCCGUGGUCAUCCACCGAGACCUCAAGUCCAGCAACAUUCUAUUACUUGAAACUAUAGAGAACGACGACAUCGGGAGGAAGACAUUGAAGAUCACAGACUUCGGCCUGGCACGGGAGUGGCACAAGACCACGAAGAUGUCGGCGGCGGGCACCUACUCCUGGAUGGCCCCCGAGGUCAUCAGGUUGUCACUCUUUUCCAAAGGCAGUGACGUUUGGAGCUAUGGCAUCUUGCUAUGGGAGUUGUUAACAGGGGAGGUGCCUUACAGAGGAAUAGACGGCCUGGCUGUUGCUUAUGGUGUGGCUGUCAAUAAAUUAACAUUACCAAUCCCCUCCACCUGCCCCGAACCCUUCGCCAGGCUCAUGGAAGAGUGUUGGGACCAGGACCCACACGUGCGCCCCUCCUUUUCCUGCAUCCUUGAGCAGCUGUCAGCAAUCGAGGAGGCGGUGAUGGCCACCAUGCCGCAGGACUCCUUCCACAUCAUGCAGGAUGACUGGCGCGUGGAGAUCCAGGAGAUGUUUGACGAGCUCAGGACCAAAGAGAAGGAGCUGCGUUCCCGUGAAGAGGAUCUGACGCGGGCCGCCCUGCAGCAGAAGUCCCAGGAGGAGCAUCUGAAGCGGCGUGAGCAGGAACUGGCCGAGCGGGAGAUCAAUGUGUUGGAGCGGGAGCUCAACAUCCUCAUCUUCCAGCUCAACAAGGACAAACCCAACGUGAAGAAGCGCAAGGGCAAGUUCAAGCGCUCCCGCCUUAAGCUCAAGGAUGGCAACCGCAUCAGCUUGCCCUCAGACUUCCAGCACAAGAUCACAGUGCAGGCGUCGCCCUCCAUGGACAAGAGGCGGAGCCUUCACAGCACCAGCUCCUCUCCUCCCAGCAGUCCCACACUCAUCCCCCGACUACGAGCUAUUCAGCUGACGUACCCCGUGCCGAGGGACACUUUGUUUGUUUACCAGCAGGAUGUGGAUCUGACCAGCGAGCUCUCAGGGCUCGGCGUCACGCAGGAUGAGAGCAACCGCACGUGGGGUCGCGGCGCCCCCUUAAGGCCGGAGGACUUUGACGACAUGAGAAGGGGCAUCAAGAAGAAGGGGAGAACCUGGGGUCCCAGUUCAGUGCAGAGCAAGGAGAGGCCCGCUGCCACAGAGAGAGUACGUCCCCUCUCAGAUGGCAGCAAUCCGUGGACCACCAGUCUGGUGAAGUCACAGAAGUCUGUACCCCUCUGUGCCAUCUUUGCUGAACAAGCAGGAGGUGGUCAAGAUGACGCGUUCCCUCAGGAGUCUCCAGACAGCAGCUCCAAACCAAAGCAGAUCAAGUUCCCCAACCAAGUGUACCUGGAUCUACCUCUGUGCCGGGAUGAGCAGCAGCCUCUCGGCGUUGGCGGGGAAGCCGGCGCCGCGUCUGCGGUUCAGGGCGGCCCGACCGAGAGUCCGGAGGACCCCUACACCUCCACCUCCUCCGCCUCCACCACACCGCAGCUCACGCCCACCAACAGCCUGAAGAGGAUAUCGACCCGCCGCAAGACUGAUUCUGUGCUGUACGGCUGCGGCUCGCUGCUGGCCUCCGUCGUGCUCGGCUAUGACAUCCGCGAGGCGCUCAAGAACGCUCAAGACGAUGGGGAGGCACCACGUGAGGAGAAGAAAAAGAAGGAGGGCCUGUUCCAGCGUGCUACCCGCUUCCGCCGCAGCACCUCUCCCCCGAGCGGCGGCGGCCGAUCCCGUAAGGAUGAGACCUCUGCGGGCCACGCCCCCAUCCCGCACGCCAACUUGGUCUCCAUGUCGGCCAUCGUGGAAUGUCAGUCCACCAAAUGUCUGCUGCAGUCGGAGGUGUCGCAGUGCGGCCCCGCCAAGGUGGACCUCGUGCCUGUCAGUCAUCACCUCGAGACCCCUCGGCCUGUGCCGCCACCGCCCGCGGAAAAAAAACAGACGCCGCCACCACAAACCCAAAGUCAAUCGCCGGAGGUAAUGAACCAUAACACGGGGACACGCCUCCGCAGGAAAAAGUACAACAACCACGAUGCUAACGGCCUUCACCGCCUACCGCCCCCCGCUGCGCCGAAGAAGACCAGGGACACGCGGCCCGUCUCCUUUUGGGCCAAGCCGCACACGCGAGGCCUCGUGGCCCGCCUGGGCAAGAGCUACUCGCUGGGCCACUACUCGGGCGAGAAGGCUGCACAGGCCUGCUCGUUGCUGGACAUGGACGCCGAGGGCCAGAAUCGCGACUGCACCGUGCCGUUGUGCCGCAUCCAGAGCUCCCCGGCCAGGCCCACAGUCUAUGAGCUGGAGAAAGAGUUCCUCUCCUAGAGUGGAUUAGCUUCCAGGGGGGCGUACAGAUGGUGUUCUUACUGCCUCUAGUUCAAAAGCUUCUACAACAUAGAACAGGUUAGUCCAGAACAGGGGUGUCAAACUUCAUCACGGGCCACGUUGUCAUUACGGUUAUUCGGGGAGGGGGAGGGGGCAAUUAUUAUAGCGAAACCACAUGCCAAAUGUCAGAGUUUGGUAUGUAGCUUGGUUUUAAGUUGACAUUGGGUAAAGUAAUGGCACAAAAUGCAAAACAAAAAAGAGCAGAUUUAAUGGCAUUUAAAAUGAAACAACAGCUUUUAGAAAAUUAAGAAUACAGACACGUGCAACAGUAACAGUUUCAACAGUGUGAAUUAUUAUGGUAUUAAAAAAAAUAGGAUAAUAAUUUUAUUCCCUUGGCUCCAUCUGAGAAGCCUGGGAAAGGCUGUUUAAAGUCCACUGGAAAUUGCAUUUGUACCAUGCUAUUUUAAAAAAAUAUAUUCACAUUCUCGUGAUGCCAUUUCAAGUUAACAUAUUGUACAUUCUACCCAAAAUCAUGUUGCUUGACACCAUGACAUGACAGAAGCUGAGUGCGUUCGUUUACUGUAGAUGUGUGACGGUUACGCUUCCUGUCCCUUACCAAAUACGGUGCAUCCGAAAAGUCGGCAUGCUACAUUUUACGUUAGGCUUAUUCUAAAAUGGAAUAAUGAUUUUUUUUUUCCUCCCUCAAAAUUCUAGCCAGUUUCCAUCUUUUCCUUGACAAAUGUGCUGUCUUCUCGCCUUUGAUCAAAAUUUGCGUCAGUUAACUGUGAAAUGAGACUUUUUUUCCCUCCGACCUGUAUUGUUACAGCCAAACUCCGCACCGUAAUUCAACGGUUUUAAGAAUUGGCUAUCAAUCAAAUGUACAGGAUCUAUACAAAUUGGACAAGAACCAGAACAAAACAAUGACCCAAUCUCCAAAAUGGCGGCCACGUGUGUCCAGAGGUGCGUGAUGUGACAGAAAACACGGUAAGGGUACAGGAAGUGUAACGCCACACGUCUAAACAAACAGUGCAGCUCAGCUUCUGGCUAGCGGGCGCCAUGACAAAAUGUGGAAAAAGCCGUGGGAACCCUAAUAAUCGCCCCAUUAUAUUACAUAACUUUGAUUAUUAUGAUGUCCUUUAUGCUAGAUAAUUGGUUAUAAUCACAGGUCAAGUAAAAUUUGACUCGACGUGGAUCUGGCCAGUUUGACACCUGUGCUCUUGAACAUGGUGACGUCGCCCCCAAUGCUUUUGAGUAUUUUUUUUUAAUUGUUAUUAUUAUUCCUAAGGUUCCACACCAUCUUGGUGCAGCUGAACGUUGACCGCCGCUGCAGCGUUCACGACACAUUCUUGUAUUUAUAUAUCUAUUUUUAUAGGUAAUUUAAUAGCAGCCGGCAGGACAAAACAGUACUGUACAUGCGUUCAUCCACUCGAUUUAGAAGUCAUAACCUUUAUUUAGAGCAAGUAUGUAAAUAUUCCUUUCCACGCUGCUCGGUGGUGCUUCCAGAUCCAGAGGACAGCUUCUCCGUGCUGGAUGGCAUCUGGAGUGCCACCUACAGGCCCUAAAAGGAAGUGCAGGUUGAAAAAGCACCAGUUCAAUGAAGGAAUCAGAAGGAAAACAAGUGUCCGUUUUCUGUUUUUUUUUUUUUUAAAUGGAUUACCAUGAUGACUUUUCCGACCCUGUCCUGAUGACUUAGUGGAGUCACAGUGCGGCGCAUCAUGUGACCUGCGCUCCUCAUGUGGGCCUCCCUUCAUUUUGUUUUGUUUUUUUACCCUGAAAAUAGCCCAUGAUUACUUUUUUGUACACUAAAUCAUGGAAUCUUCUACAGCAGCCACUGAAAUGGCUUCCUCAGGAUCAGCUAAUGGCCUCCAUUUUGUAUUUUCUAGCCCCCCCUCCCACACACACACACACACACACCUCUGUGAGGAUGGACUAUGCAGACUCAAGCAGCUCUUGCCAGUAUGCAAGGCCACUCUUGUUUAGAAAAAUUACACUCAUUUGUUUUCUAUGACAUCACCAAAUGGAAUGGUGUAAAUACAACCGUUAGUAUGAAAUCACACUUUUAUGUGAUGGAUUUGAAAAUGUGAAUCCUUUCCUCCACAUGCUAACUGCCUUAAUCACACAGGGCUGUGAAUUGAGGAGUACUCCAAUUUUAUUUCCUAAAAUAUCGGCUUUUUCUCUAAUAAUUAAAACACCGUGCCCCCAAUUUGUUCCCGGGUGCCACUUAGACAAACACCUUCUUCAAAUAAAUUUCCGUCAGGGAAAAAACUACAACAAAUAAGAAACGGGUAGUAACUAUUUCCGUUCGGUUGGUCAAAAGCCUGACUGAAUGCUGUUGCUAACCAAAACAGCAGCACAAACCCCACUUAGUCACCGUGAGCCACAGAGAAACAAACACCUCCCUCAAUUAAACUCCGAUCUGAAAAAAAAAAUGGCAGUAACUGCAGUUGUUUUCAUUCAAAUGUGAAUGUUCAAGCAGCCAUUUGAAAUAGUUUGCUAACUUGAACAGCAGCACCUACUCUGCCCUAAUUAGGCCUUCCUCAAAUAAAUUACCAUCUGAAAACAAAUGGGCAGUAAAUAUUUUAGGUUGAAGACACUCAUUCAGAAGCCCGUUGGAACUCUGUUGCUACCCAGAACAGCAGCACAUAACACCGGGUGCCACUGGAAACAAACGCUUCGCGGGUCACAUCUAUAACUGUUUCCAUUCAGACGCUGUUGUUGAUGCACAGACAUUUUAAAGGCUAUUGGUUGCUAACCAAAACAGUAGCAUCUAACCUAAACCCAAAUUAGUUGGCAGGCAUCACUUAUGACUCCUUCAAAUAAAUCACAUCACCAUCCCCAAAAUGUAUCAAGUGAGUACGACCCCCAGUUCAUACCCCUGAUGUCGAGUGAGAGCGCACGUUACAGUGGGACUCAAACCCGCAGGCCAAUCUGCGUGAAGGGAGCAAACGUUCCGUUUUGAACGUCUUUGAUGUUUUUCCUCUGAUGGAGCUUCUGCCAAGUGGACCAAAAUCAAGGCAAAAAACAAAACAAAAACGAAGAAAUAAAGAGGUGUUACUGAAGGACAUUUUAGUGUUUGUGCAGGACCAAAAUGUGAGCAGCUGCUCGUGUGUGUUAGCUGUGUACUCGUGGAGUCCAGGAAGACUGAGUGACGUCGGCCUUGAUGCGUCUCUAAUGGAACGACACAAACUACACAAAGUACUACGCACUAUCCACUGCGCCUUUCAGUGACUUUUUUAUUCUUAUUAUUAUUAUUGUUAUUACAGUAUUUCAUUGGCUGAUUCAUCAAGAGUAUCAACAUUUUUCAAUAAAGUCGGAAUUGAGACUUGA